CACUACAUCGGUGUCUGUUGUUUCAUACAGGCCAUUAUCAUUUGAACUUAACGUCCUCUGGAGAUAUCUGCAUUUCUCUGGCCUCAUCUACUCACAACCGAGAAACACUCACCGUCUACCCACUAAACCAGCACCACUCACCUUGACCUCAACCGACCACCAUCCACCAAACCACCAAAGAAUCAUCAGCGGUCCUCAUCCCCAAACCACCCCCGAAAAACUCUCCCCUAAAACGGCAUGUCCUCAAACGUCGGCCUAACCACCCCCCGCGGCAGCGGCACAUCCGGCUACGUCCAGCGCAACCACGCCUUCAUCAAGCCGCGCAACGCGGGCUACGGCGCGCCAUACCCGCCCAUCUCUGAAGACGGCGGGUUUAAACAGAGACAACCUGACAGGAAGAUUCUGGAACAUGAUCGGUUGCGUGGGAUUGAGGUGAGGGUUAUGGAGGAGAGAGAGAGGUUGGAGGAGGAGAGUGAGAGGGUUGAGGAAGAGUUGGCUGAGGGGAAGAAGGGUGGGAAGGGCAAGGGUGGUGAUGAGGAGGGGGAGGGGGAGGAGGAGGAUAAGGAAGAAGGGGAGACGUCCAAGAACGACGACAACGAGAAGAGGGUAUUAUCCGACGCUGAAAUCGACGAACGCUGCGAAACGUUCCGCCAGAAGUUACUUAAAGAACUAGACGACGAAGCCAACGCGCCCUCUGAUAGUCGUGACCGCCGCGGUCGUCGUGCUGCACCGAAAGAAAAGAAACAGUUCAAGGCGUAUCAGGUGCAUGAGCUGGCGGAGGCGAAGAUCGAGGAGAGUGAGCGGUUACGGAAGGCGUUGGGGAUUAGGGAGGAUAGGGAGACGGGGGAGAUUUCUAGUGGGUGGAGGGAUGCCCGCGAUGCUAGGGAUGCUAGGGAGGGAAGGAGGUGAUUGGAUUUUGGAUUGGGAUGGGUUGUGAUGGGUGGAUUAGGGAUGGAUAUGGCGUUUGGUGUUUGUUGGUUUUGUAUGUGUGUAUGCAUUGCAUUUGUUUUAUGGAAUGAUGGAAUGAGAUAUUGGCAUGGGUGCCGUUUAAAUCGAUGUGAUUCUGUAUAGAAGCCCUACGAGUAGAUUGUAGAUGACCUGCUCUAUCAUUGGGACUGACAGUG